AUGACGGCAGCACUCCACACCAGCACCGUCGAGGGCUCGAUCGUUGCAUCCGUCGCCAAGACCAUCUUGACCCCACUUUCAGGCCUACCUCUCCCCUUGCAGCUCUUGACUAGCGCCGUCGUCCUCCUCGGGGCAUGGAUGGUCUACAACAUUGCCAUCUCUCCACUUUCUCGCUACCCUGGUCCAAUCUCUGCGCGUCUCGGCAUCCCCUUCUGGAGAUUUUGGCACUCUCUACAGGGCGACUAUGCUCCUGCUCUGUACGCCCUCCACAAACAGCACGGCAACGUUGUCCGCAUCGGUCCGACCCAUCUCUCCUUCUCGGACACCUCUGCCAUCAACUCGAUCUACAGCUUGUCCGACGGUGUCUCUAGCAAGUUCCGCAAGUCCAAUUUUUACCGCUCCUUCCAAGUCUUCAAAGCUUUCCCGUCGAUCUUCAGCGAGCGCGAUCCUCAUCAGCAUGCAAAGCGUCGUCGAGCUGUUGCGAGCGCUUACAGCAUGAACAGUCUCGUCAAACUCGAAGAGUACGUUGAGGACGUUUCGGAGCUCUUGCUCAAGCGCCUUGAUGAACUGGUUGAGACUCAUUCGGUCGUCGAGGGUGAAGGCGAAAAGACAAAGACGAAAGCCAUUCAGCUUGAUCCCUGGUUCCACUUCUUCGCCAUGGAUGUCGUUGGAGAGCUCGCGUUUGGCCAGUCCUUCAACCUCUUGCAUCGCGGAAGGGAUGACGAAAGAUUCUUGACCGGAGUCCUGAACCUUUCACAGUGGGGAGCCGUCGCUGGAUGCAUGCCUCUUCUUUCGUCGUGGAUCCUGUGGAUGUUUCCCAGACUCACCGGUCAGCCUGGCGGAAGUGUCAUCGGCGACAAGACCACAUCAAGAAUCCAGACCCGCUACGCCGAAGUCGAAGAUAACAACGGAAUGGCAUCCCGUCCGGACAUGCUCACAAAGUUCAUGGAGGCGCGAGACCCCGAUACGAAAGAAAAGUACUCGAUGAAGCAGGUCCUCUUCUCUGCCUCCUCUGUAAUGUCUGCUGGGUCCGACACCACUGCAACAUCUCUCACCAUCUUCUUCGGCUACCUCCUCGACAACCCUGCAUGCUAUGCAAAGCUGCGAAAAGAGAUCAACGAGGCCGUCGAAGCUGGCAAUCUCGCCUCGCCGGUCAAGUAUGCAAAGGGGUCGCAACUGGAGUACCUUCAAGCAUGCAUCAAGGAAGCCUUACGUCUUUCACCACCCAUCUCGAUGGAUCUGCCACGCUACGUGCCUCAGGGAGGUGCAGUGAUCGGCAGGAACCCUCACCCUAUCCCUGCUGGCACCACCGUUGGUAUCAGUCCGUACGUCCUGCACCGCAACCCCGAAGCAUUCGGCGCAGAUGCUGAGCUGUACCGACCCGAGAGAUGGCUCGAAGGCGGUGAGGAGGGUAGGAAAGCCAUGGAGCGAUUCAACAUGACCUUUGGUGGAGGAUCGCGAGCAUGCAUCGGCAAAAACAUCAGCUUGAUGGAGCUUUCCAAGGUCAUCCCAGAGAUCUUGCUCAGAUACGAUCUCAAGAAGCCAGCCGUCAAUCCGCAUUCGACGAAUCAGACGACGAAGGCGAAGAAGACGGGCCCAAAGCAGCCUUCCUUCCAAGGCAGGAGUGCUUGGUUCCUGGAAGCACACAACCUCUUUGUUGAACUCGUUCCGCUCACCGAUAUCUAA